AUGACUUCGUUACGAACCACAGAACACACUAAGACCGACCAAGAGUUAGCCAUCAGCAUCAAGAAGGCUACCAACAGCGAUGAGAUAUCCCCAAAGCGCAAGCAUGUGAGGGCAUGUAUUGUUUACACUUGGGACCACAGGUCAUCCCUGGCCUUUUGGUCAGGCAUCAAAGUGCAACCUAUCAUGGCGGACGAGGUUCAGACAUUCAAAGCUCUGAUCACAAUUCACAAAGUUCUUCAGGAGGGCCAUCCAUCUGCCAUCAAAGAAGCCAUGGGUAACCGUGGAUGGAUUGAUGGCUUGAAUCGUGGAAUGCAGGGUGAGGGGAUACGUGGCUACGGACCGUUAAUUCGUGAAUACGUCUACUACCUGCUUGCGAAGCUUUCGUUUCACCAACAGCAUCCCGAGUUCAACGGCACGUUCGAAUACGAAGAAUACCUCAGCCUGAAAGCAAUCAAUGACCCGAAUGAAGGCUAUGAGACUAUCACCGACCUCAUGGUGUUGCAAGACAAGAUUGAGCAGUUCCAAAAGUUGAUCUUUUCCCACUUCAGAAAUGUUGGAAAUAACGAGUGCCGUAUUUCUGCGUUGGUACCGCUUGUUCAAGAGAGCUAUGGCAUCUACAAGUUUAUCACUAGCAUGCUUCGAGCGAUGCACUCAAUUACGGGAGACGACGAGGCUUUGCAACCCCUUCGGCAAAGAUACGACGCUCAGCAUUACCGACUCGUCAAAUUUUACUACGAAUGCUCGAACCUACGCUAUCUUACAAGCCUGAUUACCAUUCCCAAGCUACCUCAAGAUCCGCCUAAUUUGCUCGCCGACGAUGACGAAGCUCCAGCGCUGCCUGCCAGACCUAAACAAGAAAUUGAAAGAAACCCAACCCCCCCUGUAGAGCCAAAAUCUCAGGAACCCGACGAGAUCUCAGAGUUUUGGAAGAGUGAGCUGGACAGGCAGAACAGAGAAUACGAAGAGCAGCAAAGAGUUCUUGAAGAGAGGCAACAGGCAGCACUUCUUGCUCAGCAGCAAGCUCAACAGCAGGCGCAGCGUGACUUUGAGGAGCAACAACGCCGGCUAGCUGAGCAACAGCAAAGAGAGCAAGAAGCUCUCUUGGCACAGCAGGCUCAAUGGCAGACACAGGGCCGCCUGGCGGAACUGGAACGCGAAAAUCUCAAUGCCCGGGCACAGUAUGAACGGGAUCAACUGAUGCUCCAGCAGUACGAUCAGCGGGUUAAGGCCCUGGAAGGAGAGCUGUCACAUAUUCAGAACAGUCUUGGACAGCAGAUCACUAGCAAGGAUGACCAAAUCCGAGCCUUGCAGGAGCAGGUAAAUACUUGGAGGACAAAAUAUGAGUCGCUGGCGAAGCUGUACUCCCAGCUGCGACAUGAACAUCUAGAUCUUUUGCAGAAGUUCAAGGCAGUUCAGUUGAAAGCUGCAAGCGCGCAGGAGGCCAUCGACAGAAGAGAGAAACUGGAGCGGGAAAUCAAGACAAAGAACCUCGAGUUGGCCGACAUGAUCCGCGAGCGAGACAGAGCUCUCCACGACAAGGACCGACUCAACGGGAGCAACAAGGACGAAGUCGAGAAGCUUAAGCGUGAACUUCGCAUGGCCCAAGAUCGUGCGGAUAAUUUGGAGCGCAGCAAAGGUAAUGAGCUAUCGACCAUGCUGGCCAAGUAUAACCGCGAAAUGAGCGAUCUAGAAGAAGCCCUUCGCAACAAGUCCAGAGCUUUGGAGGAUUCGCAAUCCCGGAUGAGAGACGGAAACUCUGACCUCGAACAACUUUUGCGGGACAAGGAAGUGGAACUCGAAGUCUACAAGGCUGGCAUGGACGAAGCUCUAGUUAAGUUGAAUGACCUCGAGCAGAAUCAUGGCGAGACGGACCAUGCCCUGGAUGGACAGAUUGAUGCGUUGAUAAUGUCCAACCUUGACAAGAUCAACAACAUCAUUGAUUCCGUCUUGGAGGCGGGUGUUUCUCGCGUCGACGAUGCCUUGUACGAACUGGACUCGUCUAUGCAGGCUGGAAACCAGAAUGCUUCCCCGUCAUUCGCAUUGUCACAGAUCGAAAAGGCUUCAGAUAGCGCAACCGAGUUCGCCACGGCCUUCAACAGCUUCAUCGCUGACGGCCCAAACAGUACUCACAAAGAACUGAUCAAGGCUAUCAGCGUCUUUGCAGGUGCUAUUGCGGACGUUUGCGGUAACACCAAGGGUCUAAGCAGAUUGGCUACUGAUGACAAGAAGACGGAUUCUUUGAUGAACGGGGCACGACAGUCCGCAGAGUCCAGCAUCAAGUUCUUCCGCAACUUGCUUAGUGUUCGUCUGGAGGAACUUGACACAGAUCAAAAAAUCGAUGUUGUCAUCAAUAGGAAUCAUGAUGUUCAAAUGAAUCUUCAAAAACUCAACAAACUGGUUGAGGCAUUUGCACCAGGAUUUGGAAGGCUCACAAAUAACAAGGGUGAUCUUGGAGAUCUAGUUGAUUCCGAGCUGAACAAGGCGGCUGAUGCCAUUGCCGCCGCCGCAGCCCGCCUUGCCAAGCUCAAAAACAAACCCCGAGACGGCUAUUCUACGUAUGAACUCAAGGUACACGACUCGAUCCUGGAUGCUGCCAUGGCCAUCACCAACGCCAUCACGCGACUCAUCAAAGCAGCUACAGUCACACAGCAAGAGAUUGUCCAAGCAGGACGUGGAUCGUCAUCACGAACAGCAUUUUACAAGAAGAAUAAUCGUUGGACUGAGGGAUUGAUCUCGGCCGCCAAGGCGGUAGCAUCGUCGACGAACACUUUGAUCGAGACAUCGGAUGGAGUCAUCUCGGGCCGCAACAGCCCAGAGCAGCUCAUCGUUGCGUCCAAUGAUGUGGCCGCGUCCACGGCGCAGUUGGUGGCCGCAAGCAGAGUAAAGGCAGGAUUCAGGUCCCAGAGCCAGGAGAACCUCGAGCAGGCAAGCAAGGCAGUCGGGGCGGCAUGCAGAGCCUUGGUACGCCAAGUACAGAGCAUGAUCCGUGAGCGCAGCCAGGACGAUGAGCAAGAAGACUACGCCAAGUUGGGUGCUCACGAAUUCAAGGUCCGCGAGAUGGAACAGCAGUAG